UAUCCUACACACCACAUUUGCAACAAAAAAAAAAUAAAAGAAGUUAGAAAAUAUUCAAUGGAGAAAGCUACUAUAAUGUUAAUCCUGGCAGUGAUGGCGAUAGCAGCGGCACAGGGCGAGGCCGCGGUCUCAUGCUCCACGGUGAUGACCGAUCUCUCCCCGUGCAUCAACUACGUGAUGUACGGGGGAGCUCAGCUCCCACCGGUGAACUGCUGCCAAGGGAUAAGGUCCCUCUACAACCAGGCCACCUCCACCCCGGACCGCCAGACCGUGUGCUCGUGCCUCAAGUCCGUCGCCAACUCCGCCACGCCAACCAUCAUCACCAACGCUGCCUCGCUCCCCUCCAAAUGCGGCGUCAACAUUCCCUACAAAAUCAGCCCCUCCACUGACUGCUCCACGGUUCGGUAGGACGGUGGAGUGUGAUUGGGGCUUUUCCUGGAAUGGCGGAGCAGAAGUAUUAUUAGUACUAGAAUAAUUAAGGUUUUCAAUUAGGGAUUUUGUCUUCUGUCUAUGGGGAAAAGUUGGGGUCUAAGUAUUUAAUGUACUUGUCUUAAUAUUGAAAUCAGUGUGCUUUUAUCUGUUUAA